AGGCGGCGGUGUGGUGUGCGGAGAGGGAGAGUGGGGCGGUGUCGGCUGUGACUGAGAGCGAUCCGGGCGGUCUGUGGCGGACGGCUGGCGGCUGCCGUGCCGUGAGCUCGCGAGAGUGAACACGGAGGAACGCACGAGGCAGGGUCUCCGGCAGACGUGGCCCUGUCUCGAGGAACGUGACGCUGUCUCGAGAGACGUGACUCAGUCUCGAGGAGGACGGGACUGGGUCUCGAGGGGGGCGUGACCCGGUCUAGAGGGUCGUGGUAGGGGUGGACAGACGGACGGCGCCCGGCCGGCGGUGGACGGCAACGGCAUGUGGCUAGCGGCCAUCACUCUCCUCGCGCUCCUGCGGCCUGGCCUCGGCGAAUGCUACUUUCCAUUUGAAUACCACGGAACUUACGCAGUGCAAAGUGCGCGAAACCAAUACUCGGAAGUACUGAUAGAAAUCAACAGGAUUCUGCCUUAUGGUGUGUGUCACAGAAGAGUUGGCAACAACCUAAUUCUGCGUGAUGGGAGUAACGGCUGCCUGCGCUGCUUCCACCUGGCCAUCCGCUCCGCCAACGUGCUGCAGCUGCACACGCGGGACCCGCAGAGCAGCUGCGCCACCAACAGCAACGCCACGCUCCGGCUGUGUCCGACGCCGGACGAGCUGCGCUCCGCAGAGCGCAUGCAGCGGGGCCGCAUCCACGAGCUCAUGAUGUACAAGACGAAGACGCGCACGGCGGAGCCGCACGCCCACCAGGUGUACUGCCCGAUCAGCGGCCGCUUCUCCUUCUCGUACGAAGCGGACGAGGCGGGCGGCGCGUGUCGCGGCGCCGCCUCGGAGCUCUCCAACUGUCCGUACGGCUUCGGGCUGCACCUGCACUUCCGAGCCUGCUCGUUUCGGCAGCAGCGCAACAUGACGCUGCAGUGCCUGGCCGACUGGACGGACGCCGACGGCCGACACUUCGUCGCGCUGAUGGACGUGACGGCUUCGGAGAGCGAUCGGCCCCGGUAUCGCUGCGCGAUGUACCGGGAGGAGUUGGGCUCCGGCCGCAUCUUCUUGGCGUUCUCGUCGGAUUCCUCCUGCCACCGUCAGCUGGUGAACGCCACGCACGGCCACGAACGACUGGUGCUGUACGCGGCCGUCUCGCACCCGUGGCCUCCUGCCGUGCGCCGCGCCACCUGCACGUUCCCAGACUGGGCGCAGGGACACUGGCAGCACGCGCACGUGGACGGCAACACGAUCGUCUACAAGGACGUCGCCAACUUCAAGAGCUACACGGCGCGCUGCAUCGGCGGCCAGCACGAGAAGUUCGUCAUCUACUCCCGCUCGCACUGCGGCGAGGAGAUGUACAACUGCAUCUGGCUGAAGGAGCGGGCGGUGAACGUCAUGGAGUUUCAGCUGGGUCUGAUGCCGAGCAGACGGAUUUCCAACAGCUUAUGCGGACCUCACCGUUUCCUGGACACCGGCUGGAUCACGCAGGGCCGGAGCCGGAUCGAGCACGAGGCGCGGUGCCCGGUGUCGGGCUCGUACAGCGGCGUUAUCCCCGACACGGACGGCCAGCUGUGCGCGAGGCUCCGCUCCGACUGCACCAGCUCGCAGAGCAUGUUCUACACGGUGACCAGCUGCGCCAACGCCUCGCACAUUUUCGAAAAGCGCGAGUACCGCUGCCUGGGCUCGUGGACGGAGGGCGACGUGCUGUACACGUACACGCAGCGGCGCGACGCGCUCUCCUACGAGUGCUUCGUCGGCCGCGUCAUGGCUGACGGCCGCGUCUUCAUCGGCGAGGCCGGCACCGACGAGGGCUGCCGUCGACGCGUCGACCCCACGCGCACGGGGAUGCUGAUCACGCAGACGGCACCCUGCCGUGACGGUGCCGAGACGUCGGAGCCGCCGCCGCCGACGGUGUCAGCACCGACGCUGGCGAGCCUGGUGGCGGCGCUGCUGCUGGCGCGCUGCUUCCGCUAG